UUUUCACCUAAGUUGAUUGCGCCACAUUCACAGAAGGAAACAGCGUCCUGCUGCAGUGAUCAGAUCUUUGAUUCACAGGAACUCUGACACGCAGCAGCAAAAACGGUUCACACUGGAAAACUGUCAGGAGAUACAGUGAAAGAUCAUGACGACGCUGCUGGACCUGAAGAGUAGUGUACUGAGGCAGGUGCAGAGGAGCCAGUCACUGAGGAGUCGAAGGGAGCCGCCAUCACCCGCCCCCAGCAGCCCCCUCACACACUGUCCUGACCCAUUACCUCGCAGGAUUUCCGAGGAGAGCGCCGAGUUCUUUGAGCGUGUGAAUGCCAUCCUUCAGAAACAGGAGAACAUGCUGCGGGCUGCGCAGGCUGAGUGCCAAAGAGGGGCCUGCACAGUGCCGCCGCCCCAAGAGCAUGUGGACCAGGCCUUUAUCCCCGACAGAAUCAGCAGGACAGAGCUGGACCUCCUUUAUGAGGAAGCUGUGUACACGGUGGUCAACCGGGUGGGAGUACCUUCACCAGAACAUGUGAAAAGUGACGAAGAGCUGUUUGCUUACCUGCUAAAGGUGUUUGAUAUGGGAGAAGAGGAACAUGACAUCAUUCUCCAAAAAGUUCAAGAAUCCAAGCGAGCCAGUUUUUCCUUGAGGGUUUCUGUUAUGAAAGCAAAGAAUCUGAUGGCCAAGGAUGCAAACGGGUAUAGCGACCCCUACUGCAUGCUGGGAAUCCUAGUGGGCCAGAGCCCGCGGGAGGUGGAGGAGAAGAAGGAGAGAAAGUUCAGCUUCAGGAAGAGGAAGGAGAAGCUGGAGAAACGCUCCAGCACCAAGGAGGUGUUACCUGCCAAGUGUAUCCAGGUGACUGAGGUCAAACCAGAGACUCUCAACCCAGUGUGGAACGAGCACUUUGUGUUUGAAAUAGAUGAUGCCCACAAUGACCUCUUACAUCUUGACAUAUGGGAUCAUGACGAUGAUGUGUCUGUUGCUGAGGCCUGCAAAAAGCUUAAUGAAGUCAGUGGACUUCGAGGAAUGGGAAGGUAUUUCAAGCAGAUAGCAAAGUCAGUGCGUGCUAAUGGAUCCGCAUCAUCUGGCUCAGAGGAGAACGCCGAUGACUUUCUCGGAUGCAUCAACAUCCCUUUGAAUGAGAUCCCAGUUGUCGGCUAUGACACCUGGUUUAAGCUGGAGCCUCGAUCGAGUACGUCUAAAGUUCAGGGAGAAUGUCACCUGAUACUUAAGCUCUUCACCUGCCAGAGGGACACAGCUUUGUCUAAGAAAGACUCAAAUGUAUCCAUUCACAAGAAAUUGCUGUGUCAGAUUGUGGAGUAUGAGCACGCUCAUGUUAAGAGAGAGCCCUACAACUGGAAUGGGCAGGUUUGCCCCCCAGCAUGGACUGUGCUGACUCACCACGCUGUGCAAACUGAUCUCUCACCUCUCCAGCAGGCCAUAAUUCGCUGGCAGUGCUACAGUAGCCACCAUCGGACCCAGAGGGUGUGCUACUCCCUGCUGCUUCGGCUCCUGAGGACCAUCGAUGCAGAGUGGGACCCCACCGCUGUGAGGGGCGACCUGGAGAGGCAGCUGUCAGACAGCUUCAGGCUGUACACAGAGCACUGCCUGUGCCUGAUGAAGAACAUGCGUCAGGUUUUCCCCUGCACCAGCGCCGCUGCCAUUACGCGCUACGAGCUCAUGCUGAGGGGGAUUGGCUACAUGCAAAACAUGCGGGCCUUUAAGACUGUGUGUCCUCUUCGCAAUGAACUGCAUUUGGACAUCACUACUGCUAUCAAGAAAGGGACUGCGGAGUGGUACGAGAGCUUAAUUGCACGAUAUAAACCAGAGGACGGGACUCUGGAGGAGCAGCUGAAGAAUCUGGUUCAGGUGGUUGAUGCUGUGUGUGCAGAUGUACAGAGAGCCCAGAACACAUACAACAAACUCUUCUACAGUGCAGUGAAAAUAGAUUUCUUCAGCAUAGCAUACAGACAGUUGGAGAAACAGGUUGCUGAUGAUGUAAAUGUAGCGAUGGAGCGGGUUUGUGGGACUAUGGAGCAGGAGAGCUCCAGACUGACUCAGACAAUGGGAGAGACCAUCUUUGAGCUCUUCAUGUCCUUGAAAAUCCUCAAAGGCUUUCGGGAGUUUCUUCCUCUCAAGGAUGCUAAAAUGUUGGCCUUGACAGGCUUUCACAACUGGUUUAAGUCCUCGAUUCAUAAGUGGCUGCAGAUUGUUCAUGACAGAUCCUGUGACAGAAUUCGUAAAGCCGUGGAAACGGACAAGCUCGAGCCUGUGCAGCUGGCCAAACACAGCUCCUCAGCAGUGGAAGUGACAACAUGCUUCAGCCAGGUACGCGAGAUCUGGCUCCAGCUGUCCUGGCCAGACUCUGCGGGGGCCUUCAUCUUUAUCACUCGUUUGACAGACAAUUUCUGCAGCGAAGCUGUGUGCUACUCAGAGAUGAUGACACGCAAGAUUGAGAGGAACCAGCUGGGCCGAGACCACAAGAGCUUCACAGUGCAGCUCUGCAUUGCCCUGAACAACACAGAGCAUGUGCGCGUUUUCCUGGGUCACCUGCCGCGUGACCUUGACUGGCUGGGUGUGGAGCGGGCCAUGGAGGAGUCCUGUGGCAUGGAGGGGAAGGAGCAGGUGUACAAGGCUCUCAAUGGGCAGCUGUUUAACAUGGACAUGGACCUGCAGAGAGAAGCCAAACGUCUCAUCACACUGCUCACAGACAAGAUGCUGCCUGAGCUGCGGAGGUACAUCCAGCACAUCAGCCUGUCUCCAGACUCCAUCAACAAUGAUGAUGCUGUGUCUCCUCUUAUGAAAUACUUACAAGACACUAUGGUCAUCCUCACUGAAAAUCUUGUGAAAGAGAAUCUGACUAGAGUUCUUCAAAGCAUGUGGGAGCUGCUGCUGCGGAUGAUCCUGGAUGCGGUCGCAGAAAACAGGGGUGUUCAGGUUGAGUUCUACAACCGCUUUCAGUACACAGUGGAGACCCUGUUGCAGUUCUUCCACGUCAAGGGAGAGGGUCUUUCCCUGGAAGACAUGAAGAGUGGAGACUACAAGGUUGUGGAUGAGGAGCUCAGGCUGAAUAAAUGUUCCUCCUUUGAGCUGAUUGAACAGUACUAUCUGGAGAAGAUUUCCCAACAGAAAACACUCAAACAUACCCGUUUUGGUCGGAUCAGUGUGAAGUGCUACUAUGACGCUCCAGAGCAGAGACUGACGGUGGAGAUUCUGCAUGCUGCAGAUAUCAUUGCACUGGAUGCCAACGGUCUGAGUGACCCAUUUGUCAUAGUGGAGCUGUGUCCUCACCACCUGUUCCCUAUGGCCAAGAGUCAACGCACGCAAGUGAAACUUAAGACACUGCACCCAGUAUUUGACGAACUCUUUUGCUUCCAUGUCAGUCCUGAACAGUACAGACAUAGGUUUGCCUGUUUGACCUUCACUGUGAUGGACUAUGACUGGCUGUCCACCAACGACUUUGCUGGUGAAGCUGUGGCUCCUCUCAGCGACUUUUGCUGGCCAGGGAGACCGAACGCCUCAGCAGCCGGCAAGACCGUCCAGCCUGUCAUUCUCCACCUGUCUCGCAAUAAACCCAGCGAGAAGCCAAUCAUGAGGAUGCUAGACGCUCGCAUCGGAGACAGGGAGGCUCAGGAGUUUGUCCGCAGGCUGAAGGAGAUUGAGAAGUCAAUGGAAGAGGAGUAA